GGUGCCUCUCUCUCUCUCUCUCUCUGGAUCCCAAAAUCUAGGGUUUCCCUUCUCAAGAUCGAGCUCUUUGAUUUUCUGUUUCAACUUUCAGUACUAAAAUUGUAGCUUUCUGUAUGGAUAAUUACUGACUUUACGUACUAUUUGGUUUUGUCAGUAUGGAGAGCAUGAACAACUUUUGUCAACUGGGUGAUGAGCUUCGAGGACAAUUGAAAACCUCAGAGGAUCACAAGUGGUUAAUGGUUGCUUCUAAACUUGCUGAUCAGACCAGAUCAAAGGGCGAGCGAAGGAAUAACCUUGAUCUCUCAAAGGGCCUAGCUGAAAUAAGGCCAAGGGAUAAUUUUGUCUUUCAGGAAGACAACAAAUUCGAAUGCCUUAACUUCAACAUGUUAAAUUUGGACGCCAAAAUGACAGAAAAUGUGAACAAAAGUUCGACCAGGAAUGGUAUGUACAAUAUGAAUGCUGUGUAUCAGAAGAGCAAUGGCAACAAUGUGGGAAGCAUGAUUGGAAGCAAGUAUAGCAUCAACAACCUGAACAAAGAGCUCAACAGCAGCAUCAACAACAACAACAACAACAACAAUAACAACAACAAUGAUAAUACCAAUAUGAGUGCAGUUGACAAAAGGUUCAAAACCUUGCCUGCAGCUGAGACACUCCCGAGGAAUGAAGUGCUUGGUGGAUACAUUUUUGUUUGUAACAAUGACACAAUGCAGGAAGAUUUAAAGCGACAACUAUUUGGUUUGCCACCAAGAUACAGGGACUCUGUCAGGGCAAUAACACCAGGCUUACCUUUGUUUCUAUAUAACUAUACCACUCAUCAGUUGCAUGGGAUUUUUGAGGCAGUGAGUUUUGGAGGAUCUAAUAUUGACCCUACUGCUUGGGAAGACAAAAAAUGUAGAGGAGAAUCCAGGUUCCCUGCACAGGUGAGAAUCCGUAUUAGGAAACUCUGCAAGGCUUUGGAGGAAGAUGCUUUUAGGCCAGUCUUGCAUCACUAUGAUGGGCCCAAGUUUCGACUUGAACUCUCAGUCCCCGAGACGCUGGACUUGUUAGAUCUCUGUGAACAGGCAGGCGUUUAAAGUCCAGUUGCUAACAUAAUCGACUCUCCUGCGCAAGCAAGUGUCAAUAGUAUAUGUGUAUCGUGGUAGGUUUUGUGGUGCAUGGAAGCUGUUUACUGCACAGAUUUUCCGGUAAAGCGCAAGCUUGGGAGGUAAAGUCUGGUGUGGGAAUCUCUCGAGCAGAGAAGGCUUGUACCCCAGUCAAAUAAGUUAAAUUUAGUAUAAAUUGUAUUGUGAAGUUACUUUGUGAGUACGAGAGUACUAUGCAUUCUAUAGCGAAGUAAAUCCUAUGGAUAAUACUUGUUUGAUGGAAAGAGACUAAUGGCCUAUGGCUGUGUUACUGUGUAAUGGUUUAGUCGUCAAAAGAUGGCUGCCUUGUUAUGUUCCUACUAAGUGCUAUGGAAUUACGUUCCUAAUAAGAUAGCUGCCUUGUUGUGUUUGAUAUUGAA